AUGUCGCAAACCACAACAUUGUUUCUUGUGCUGAUCGCUCUUUCCCAAACAUGUCUUGGGCAGAACUUGUUAAGCGUAUACAACAGUUGCCGAUCGGAGUUCGACGUCGAUAUGGAUACGUUCAAUGCACUUAAAAAUGGAGAUUUUUCGAUCAGAUCACCGUUGAUAGAGUGCUUCGGUGAGUGUCUGGUGAAGAAAGCCGGUUUCAUGAAUAAUGACCUCAGUUUCAACAAGGACACAAUCAUCAAAUUUGUUAGCCGAUUCAUCAAGAAGCAGGAUGCGGAGGCAGUGUAUGACAAGUGUACGGCGGACGUCGAACCGGUGAUAUGUUCCAUGGCAUUCGAUGUUUACCAGUGUGCAUAUGAAAAUGCCUACGCAAAGUGGGGCACGAAAAAAAACUAG